ACACCAGAACAACCGCACUCAGUAACAUGAGAUCUUAACGUCUCUUAGAAGUUUUCACCCGUAGUUUACAGAUAAAACAGAGGAUCAGUGCUAAGAAGCUCAUCAAAUUGGCUAGGAAAUGGCAAACACAUCAUCAUUGGCCAAGAAGGGUCACUUUCUUGUGUAUAGUGCUGACCAAAGGCGCUUCGUACUUCCCUUGGAAUAUCUCAAGAACCAAAUUGUUAAAGAACUAUUAAAAUUGGCAGAAGAAGAAUGGGGACUGCCAGGGAAUGGACUUCUCACUUUGCCUUGUGAUGCAGUCUUUAUGGAAUAUUUGACUGCUUUGCUCGAAAGGCAUGCCGCAGAAGAUGUGCAGGGAGCUCUACUCAUGUCCGUGACUAGCAUCCGAUGCUCUUCAUGUUCGUAUCAUCAUCAAGAAGCAAAAAGCUAACAGUUACCAAUCAGUAGUUUCUAAGGAAAAUAUGUUUGAUUUUCUAGAUGCAACAUAUAUCUCUAUACAUCAGGAAAUGAAAGAGGUUGUUUAGUUUUCAUAUUUGGUUCUUCCCAAGAAAAUCAGUCCUUGCAU